AUGGGAAUUGAGAUGGGCGUAUCCCUGCAAAAUUCAAGCGACAGUUGUGUGGAGAAUGUAGAUGUUGCAUUAGCAGGCAGCACGGUGGAAACAGUGACGGACGAAGACGUAUCUAAACUAUCUAAGAUAGAGCUACGCAAACUGAAAUUGGCAGAAUACCUAGCAGCAAAAGGAAGACUGAAAGCACCUAAUCCAAAACCAUAUCUCAAGGAGAAGCCUGUUACAAAGAAAUAUGCUGAAAAUAAUCAGAAGUCCAAAAUUACAGGUGAUGGAAAGGAGAAUUGUGGCAUCAAUGGGAAAAAUAUUAAAGAAGUAAAGAGAGUGAAGACAUUGGCAGAGGUUGAUAAAAACACAUCCUCAAAAAAAGAACUUGGCAUCAAUUCACUAGCCAAAGCCCAAACACAAUCUUCCAGUAAAUUGCAGAAUAUUUGCCGGGAAGGCCUUCAUGUUUUGAGGACACAGAGCAAUAGAACAGCCUCUCAUCAAAAUCCAAGGAAACCCCACAAAGAUGAGAAAACAUCCAGGUCAUUCAGUGCCGCUAAGAGGACUAAUUCACAAAGCCUUCAGAAUGCCCAACCCAAAGCCCAUCAAGCUCCGCCAGCUUCCCAUGCUGUAAAUAAAACACAAAUGUCAAGAAACCACUACUGUGGCCCUUCACAGUCUGGAUGUGGCAUCUCAGCCCAAAGCCACACAGAUCAGAGCCGUGCUAAGACAGAUAUUCAGUCAAUGAGGCCUUUGGCUAAGAAAUUAACAGAAACAAGCAUCAAAACAACCUCAGUUGCCAAUUUGAAGAGUCGAAGACCAAUGAACACAACUGAGACAAAAAUGCAGACAAACAGUGUUUCUAAAACCCAGGUAAAACCUGCACAGCAACCCAGAAGUCAAAGUGCUGUACCAAAGCUUGGGACGCGCAACUGCAGUUCUCAGAGCAAUAAGCCCAUAAACCAGAAAUCAAUUUCAGUGACAAACAGGUCAGAUGUGAACCAGAGAGAAGAUAUUCCAUGCAUUGUUUCGAAAGUUGAUGCCAUAAAAAUUAAAUCAAAUAGCUCAGUCACAAACAGAGUUACAAGAACAAGUGCCUCUUCAACUAAACCUGCAAAUAGAGAAGGAUCAGUGAUCAUCAAAAAUAAACAGUCUGCUGCUGCUGUUAAACAAACUAAUCUCACUGCUUCUACCAAACUGCUCGGUCGAAGCACCAAGAGUUGUGUACUGCCGCAGACGACAACUGCAUCCCGAGAGCUUCAUCAGCCCACUAAGGGGUCCGGCCAGGCCAAGCCUGCGGUGCAAUUGCAGACUCCUAAAUCCAGAUUCUGUCCCAAUACUCAAGGUGUCCGAACAGCCCCGAUAGAUGGAAUGAAGAAGCCGACUGCAGCUCAGGAGGAGAGACUGCGUAAGCUCCAGGAGUGGCGGGAGUCAAGGAGCAUCACAUAUAAACGUCCCCCCAUGCCUGUCCGGCUGGUGAGGAGGAAGACCAUCUCCGCUGUUCCUCAGCCAUACUGGACUUCUAUGGAGAAUGAAGAUGAGGUUCAUGACAUUGUCUUUGCUGUGGACCGAUCACUAGAUGACUGCAUUAAAUUAUUACAGCAGGGUUUCCCGGUGGAACAGGUCAGAGAUGUGCUGUCUCGGGUGCCGAUGGCACAGAAGUUUGCUAAAUACUGGAUUUGUCAGGCCAGACUAAUGGAAAGAGAAGGAAACCUGGAGGUGCUGCCAAUGUUUCAGGAGGCCAUUCGUGUAGUGAGAGAGCCGGUGGAUGAACUACGAUCCGUGGUUUUUGAGAUCCUUAAAAAGAGACAAGUUCAAGGUUUGUCUCCGAUGCCAAAAGAGUCUGAAGCGGUAGAGACUAGUGUGCAUGACGAACAGGAAGGCAGUUACAUCAUGUGCACCCCAAAACCUGUUGGUGUCCUAAUAUGUGGAAGGAGCGGAGACUCGUCUGUUGUCAAAUAUAAAAUUACAGCAACCCCAGGGGGUAAAAGGAGUCAGCAGGGAGCAGAACCAGGACAAGUAGACGGUCACGAAAUCCGUUUCUUUACCCCAGUGCGGCGUUCGGUGCGGAUCGAGAAAACCGCUCUGCGCUAUCCGACAGCUUUGCAGGAACAUGAUCCCUGUGUGACCUCUCUUUGUGACCUCGCAGGUGAGAGUAAGGAAGACGUCAUAGAUGAAACGCGACCCCAAAGCUCUCCUGUGUAUGUGUACCGGGAGAAUGAAGCGCUGAGAGAUCAUGUUCACAUUAAACUCGUCUAUCCAGAGGAGAUUGAAACAUGAUAAUGUUUAUUAUCAUGCAGUGACCUUCAUUUCCCACCUGGAAGCAAUGAAUAAUUGUUAUCAGUUUAAUUCUGUGUUCACUAUCUCUCAGUAAAAUCUCUUUUGUACACAUUUAGCCAAUCUUAUAUACUACUAAAAACAUCACUUGCUAGAUUUCAGCCAGAAUUUUUGCUUUGGCUCUCACAGUUAGAUGCUACCUAAUUGGUUCAUACCUUCAUUGCUAUGAAGAAUCUAAACAUUAAGUACUGCUAUAUGUACAAAUAGGAUGAUGGCAUUGUCUAAAUGUGGUGUAAAAUUCUGAAGGUACCCAUACUGCAAAAGAUACUAUAGAAAUGUCAGUAUUAUUAAUCAGACUUGACAAGUCUAACUUCAGUUGUAAUUUAUGGGUCAGACUCAAUCUCUUGUGCUUGUCUGAGCAAUAGCAUACAUGUAAGAAAUUGGAUUUUGCGUGAUAAUUAAACCAUUUUUGAGUCA